AUACACAUAGUACCAAUUAGAUUUGGUAGAAAGGAAUCUCAAAAGUGUGUGAGAGGGAAAAGACAGAGAUAGAGAGAGAAUGGGCAAAGGGAGAGCUCCAUGUUGUGACAAAACCAAAGUGAAGAGGGGACCAUGGAGCCAAGAUGAAGACUUGAAACUCAUCUCUUUCAUUCACAAGUAUGGUCAUGAGAAUUGGAGAUCUCUCCCCAAACAAGCAGGAUUGCUGAGGUGUGGCAAGAGUUGUCGCCUUCGAUGGAUCAAUUACCUCAGACCUGAUCUGAAACGUGGCAAUUUCACCUUAGAGGAAGAAGAAACCAUCAUUAAACUCCACCAGAGCUUUGGAAACAAGUGGUCCAAGAUUGCUUCUAAACUGCCAGGAAGAACAGACAAUGAGAUCAAGAACGUGUGGCACACACAUCUCAAGAAAAGAUUGAACUCCUACAUCAACCAUAAUGCCAGUGAUGAAGCAGCAUCAAAAGGUUCUUUGAAUAAAGAAGAGACGUCCCAAGAGUCAUCUCCUAAUGCUUCUAGGUCUUUUGGUGGUUCCAACAUUGUUAGCAAAGAGGAGGAGGAUGAUGUACAGAUAGGCGAAACGUUUGAGUAUUUUCAAGAUUACAGCGAGUUGGCGGGGUUGCUCCAAGAGGUAGACAAACCAGAGCUGCUGGAGAUACCUUUUGAUAUAGAUCCUGACGUGUGGAAUUUCCUAGAGGGUUUCCAACAACCUGAGAACAGUUUGACUCCAAAGGAUCAUCAAGAAUCUGAAGAAGAUGAAGUUGAUAAAUGGUUCAAGAACCUGGAAAGUGAACUUGGGUUAGAAGAAGACGAUAGCCAACAACAACAAGAACAGAACAAUGAAGCUAAAGAAGAUUCACCCUCCCCAUCACUUUUGGAGAGUUAUGAGGUCCUGAUAAAUCAUUAAUGAAGAGCCAUAAAUGAACUCAUUUUACUGAUUAUUCUCAAUUAAGAUGUACAAUAGAGUUAAAAUUCACGAUCAGGUAGGUGAAUGUAGUAGCAAUAGCAAAGAAACGUAGAAAUUACAGAGCCAAAAGAUUGCUUUGUAUUGAAACCAAGGAAACAUGGUUUGAGAUGGAAUAAUAAUACCCUAUCAGAUAGCAACCAUGAGAUUGAGUAAGAUUAAUUGUUAUUGUC